UUACUCUAUAGCGCGUGGAACAGGACGCCCCUUGUCUCAGAUCGAGUGAAUGCGGCCGCCGCUUCUCCGCGUGCAACGACGACUUUGUGGGCAGCCAAAUCAAAGCAGCAGCAGUGAGCUGCGCCGCGGCUUCGCUCAGCAAGGUCGCAGCGCGUACCCGCGCAAGGAGGAGGAAGCUGCAGUGCGGCUUUGACUCGCCUGGUGUGUUAGCUUGAGCUGCCUUCUUCAGGCCCCUGGUCCAUGGAGAAUUGGAGAUGCAUCGCAUCUUGGAGACCUCACCGGCAACUUAGCCGCAUAACGGCGGCUUAGAGGUUGCCGGAGACAGCGGAUCCACAUCGACGGACGCCUCUCUGCCAUCGACGCCACCAUGAUGCCAGACAACGUCCUCCUCCUACACGAGUCCAUCUCCGUGCAUCGGACGCCGAGUCUCCACUGCGCAAAGUCGCCGAGAUCCGCCGUCAUCAAUGUGUAAGAUGAAGCACUGCUCCACCAAAGAAGUUGUCCAUUGGUCCCUCUAGCCCGUGUACGCCUCCAAGAAUGACCCGUCACCGCAGAUCUGGUAACCGCCGCCAAACGCAGCCAACGCCGCUGCCCGACGCAAGGCCGGUCGUCGCGCCCGCAGCUAUUGUUGCCCGAGGCAGAGCCGGCCGCCGCGCCGCCAAGGUCAGAUCGGCCGCGCCUCCUCACAUAGCGGGACUCCGCAUCAUCCCCAUAGCGCAGGAGAGAGGGAGGCCCCCGCCACCGCCAUCGGCCCCCGGGCUAUAGGCUGGCGGCGUCCUUCGGCGACGGCGGAGGGAGGAUGGAAGCAAGUUCCCAAGAACCACUUGCUGCUUUUAGGCAUGGCGGAAGGCAUUGUUGCCUCACUGAUGGUCAAGCUGGGAGUGGCUUUAGCAACUCAGGUGGCAACAUUUGGUGGAUCAUGCAUUGCUCAUGAAGUGACUGCUUUGAGAAGGCUCUUCAGUGAGAUGGAGGAGAUCAGGGAUGAGCUGGAGUGCAUGCAAUCCUUCUUACAAGUUUCUGAGAGGCUCAGAGACCACGACGAAACAAUGGUAACAUUUGUUAGGAAGGUACAGACGCUUUCCUUUGGCAUCGAGGAUGUUGUUGAUGAGUUCAGCUGCAAGUUCUGCGAUGAUCAUGGUGGAGCCGCUUCCAGAGUGAUACGGAAGCUCAGGCGCAUCAGGACGUGGCACCGCCUUGCCUUUCGGCUUGUGCGAAUCAAAGCCAGCCUAAAAAUUGCCAUAGAAAGAGUUAAGAUAUUCAACACAGAAGGAAUUAGCAAGGUACAACAACCUCAAGCACAAGACAAAAAAUUGGGACCAUCAGAAUCUGCUGGUCUUGUAACAGUUGAUUGUCCGGUUGGGAUUGAGCAUAACAGGGACUUGCUGAUUGGAUGGCUAACAGAUGAGAUCCACCAAAACAUGGUGAUCUCUGUGUGGGGCAUGGGUGGAGUCGGAAAGACUACCCUUGUAACUCAUGUUUACAACAUUAUCAAGCCAAGAUUUGAGAGACAUGCAUUCAUUACAGUUUCUCAACACUGUAGGUCCAUUGAUCUGCUAAGACAGAUACUGAAAAAGUUCUGCAAGAAGGAUCACAAUGUGACUCUAUCUGAAGACAUCGAUUCCAUGGACCGUGAAAGCCUGGUCGAGAUUAUGCGAAGUUAUCUUCAUAGUAGAAGGUAUAUCCUCAUCUUGGAUGACCUAUGGGAUGCUAAUGUUUGGUUUGAAAUCCGUGAUGCAUUUGCUGGUGGAGAUGGUUCCAGUAAGGUAGUGCUUACUUCGAGGAUCCAUGACGUCGCAUCACUAGCAAAAGACAAGUACAUAAUUGAUCUCGGACCAUUAGAAAGCCAGCAUUCAUGGGAUUUGUUCUGCAAAGAAGCAUUUUGGAAAAUGGAAGAUAAAAGUUGUCCUCGAGAACUGGAAGCUUGGGGUCGGAAAAUCGUAGAGAGCUGUGACGGCUUACCGAUAGCUAUUGUGUGCAUAGGACGGCUCUUGUCCUUCAGAAGCCAGACUUGUUAUGAAUGGGAGAAAGUGCAUAAAGAUAUUGAGUUGCAGCUAACGAGCAAUUCGAUCAUUGAUAUGAACCUCAUUUUGAAGGUUAGCUUGGAGGAUCUGUCACACAACUUAAAGAACUGUUUCCUAUUCUGUAGUUUGUUCCCAGAGGUCUACAGGGUCAGAAGGAAGAUGCUGAUCAGAUUCUGGGUAUCAGAGGGAUUCAUUAAAAGAAGUGAAACAAGAACAGAGGAAGAAAUCGCUGAGGAUUACCUGAAUGAACUAGUUAACAGGUGCCUGCUACAAGUUACUAAGAGAAAUGAAUUUGGACGAGUUCGUGAAUGUCGAAUGCAUGAUGUGGUCCGUGUUCUUGCUCUAUCAAAAUCAAAAGAGGAGAUGUUUUCUGCUGUUUAUGACUGCUCAAAAACAACCUCAUUACUAGGCAAAGCACGAAGGAUGUCAAUUCAGAAUGCUGAUUCUGCGCUUUCAAGACAUGAGAUGAGACAUGUGCGCUCGUUACUUGUAUUUGACAAAUGUGUCCCUAUAGAUGCUCUAAGUGCUUCAUUCACAUCACUCAAGCUGCUGUCAGUUCUGGACCUACAGGGCAGUCAAAUAAGAAGUAUACCCGUUCAAGUGUUCAGCCUGUUUAAUUUACGAUUUCUGGGUUUGCGGGGAACUGAAAUUGAUGUACUUCCUAAAGAAAUAAAAAGAUUACAAAACUUGGAAGUGCUAGAUGCUUACAACACAAAAAUUACAACGCUGCCUGAAGAAAUAACAAGGCUCCGGAUGUUGAGGCAUCUCUUUGCAUCUGGAAUCCAAGAUGAUACUGACAGCAAUGUUGUGGUAUCCACUGGUGUAGCUGCUCCUCGAGGCAAAUGGCAUUCCACUAGUCUGCAAACUCUUCAAAAUUUUGAAGCAAAUGAGGAGAUGCUGCAGAGCAUUGCAUGUUUGUCCGAGUUAAGGACGCUUGGCAUUACAGAUAUAAGAUCAGGUCAGUCUGCAAGCUUGUGCAGUGCUAUCUCCAAGUUGUCUAAACUUCAACAUCUUUUGGUGUCCUCGAAAGGUGAUGAAGCCCUGCAGCUUUCGUCUGUUCAGCUGCCUCAAACAAUUCAGAAGCUCGAGGUUGGGGGUCUGCUGGGACAGGCGACAGCCCGUAACCUCUUCACUUCAGUCCGAUGCCUCGGGAACAUCACUCAUCUCCAUCUAUGGUUCUCAAUGAUAAAUCAAGAUCUCUUCCGCUACCUCCAAUCGGAUUGUUUGUUGUCGCUUUGUAUUCUGCGGGCGUUUCAAGGUGAGGAGAUGUUCUUCUCCGCAGGAUCAUUUCCAAAACUUCAGUCGCUUGUGAUACACGGUGCAUCACAACUCAGACAGAUUGAGAUAGAAGAAGGCUCUAUGGCGAACCUGGUCCGUCUUACCGUAACAGGUUGUCCAUCACUGAAGGAGAUGCCUCAAGGUGUUGAGUUCCUCCGGAAGCUCGAAGCAUUGCACCUGGAGAGCACGGUUGAUGAUUUUCUUGAGAAGAUUCAGUCGGAAGAAGAAUGGGAGGUACACCAGAGCAAGAUUAGUCACAUCAAGAAGGUUUAUGUUGGUUUUUCAGGAAAUGGAUAAAGUACUUUCCACUAAUGGGUUCUUAGCUGGUAUCUCUAGCUGGACAAGAAAUAUGUGCUAAACAGGGUCCAAGUUAUCUACUUAAAAGAGUUGUAACUGCGUGGAAAUAAACUACUAUCAGUUUCUGCUGCUAGUGGAAAACUGGGAUACUGCGUCUAGUCUCCCUUUUAUCUAAAAGAGUUGUAAGUUUGUAUCAAAUUGUACGUUUGGUAUACUUUGAUGACUACAUUCUGGUAUGUAAA